GGUGGGAACAUGAAGAAAAAAAUAUGAUGGUUAAAAAAAGAACGAACUUUUGCGAGAGAACGCGAAACUGUUCUGCGAGGGAACACAAAACUUUUAGUUUUUUCCUCGGGGGCUCCUUAAAACACACUUUAUAAAAUUUCAGUACAAGUUACUUUUAAUUGUGAACGUGUUCGUUGAAAAGUGUUGUUUGGUGUCGGACUUCACCCCCCACAAUGCAGCAUUCAAAGACAGCAGUGACGUAUUUCUAAUACGUGUCAGGAAGCACUGUGUGUCCAACAUGGCGGCGCAGCAGAGCGAUAUUGACGAACUGUUCGACGUAAAAAAUGCCUUUUACAUCGGCAGUUAUCAGCAAUGUAUCAACGAAGCUCAGAAAGUAAAGAAUUCAUCGCCAGAAAAGGAAACUGAACGGGACACUUUCUUAUACAGAGCAUACGUUGCCCAGCGGAAGUAUGCCGUUGUCCUGGAUGACAUCAAGGCCAACUCUUCGCCAGAGCUUCAAGCUGUCAGGAUGUUUGCAGAGUAUCUGUCUAGUGAAAGCAAACGGGAUGCUAUUGUCGCUGACCUAGACAAGAAAAUGGCAAAGAGCGUGGAUGCGGCCAACACCACCUUCCUCCUCAUGGCCGCCUCCAUCUACCACCAUGAGAUGAACACCGAUGCCGCACUCAGGACUCUGCACCAAGGAGAAAGCCUGGAGUGCAUGGCCAUGACCAUUCAGGUGCAGCUGAGUCUGGAUCGUGUCGACCUGGCAAGGAAGGAGCUGAAGAAGAUGCAGGAGCAGGAUGAGGACGCUACGCUAACCCAGCUAGCCACCGCCUGGGUUAAUUUAGCUGUGGGCGGCGAGAAGCUGCAAGACGCCUACUACAUUUUCCAGGAGAUGUCAGACAAGUACUCCUCGACGCUGCUGCUUCUCAACGGCCAGGCCGCCUGCUACAUGGCGCAGAACAAGUGGGAGGAGGCCGAGGGAGUGCUGCAGGAGGCGCUCGACAAGGACAGCAGCCACCCGGAGACGUUGGUCAACCUGGUCGUGCUGACUCAGCACCUUGGAAAAGCCCCUGAGGUGACCAACAGAUACCUGUCCCAGCUGAAAGAUGCACACAAGUCACAUCCUUUCCUCAAAGACUAUUUCACCAAGGGGAACGAGUUUGACAGGCUCGCCAUGCAGUACGCUCCCGCCGCCGCCACCACCGCAUGACGGGCCCCUCACCCGUUAACAUCCUCCUGUCUCUUUUGAUGUUUUUGACCUGUUUAAGUAAAAUGAAAUGCACUCACAGGACGCUUCAUUAGGUACACAUGCACAAUCUGUGUGGGAUGUACUGUAACAUUCUGUUUAUUACGGUGGGAAACUAAUUUGUGAUUUACUAGUGACCAGUCCAGGGUGUGAUAGGCUGCAGCUCACCAAUGACCCCUCAAAGAAGACCAGCGCUGUAGAAAACAUCUGGUAGUACCACAGCAUUUUUUAUUUAGAUACAUGCCAUGGACAAAAUAUUAGAAACAGCUGUCAGCAUGAUGCAAUGCACUGCUACACCACUGCAAGAACACUUUGUUCAAUAAAUCCAAAUAUCGCCUACAUCAGUGGUUCCCAAACAACCCCUGAAGCCAUGUACCCACCCCUACUCCUGCACACUUACAAACAGAACUUGACAUUUUCAGUGGUUUGUUCGUUUUAUAGCCAUUCCGGGUCAAAAUGUGUAUUUUGCGUGGUGAUAUUUUGAUAAAGUUUGACAUGAGCACGGAUAAAUAGAUGAGUACUCAUCCUGCAUAUCUUUUAUUCCACGUUGAUGCUGGCCUCCUUCCGUAUGAAUGGCUUGACUUUCAGCUUCACUCGACUCACGGUGGCUAUGGUUCAAGUCUGCAUAUUCAUUUCAUGCCAAAUGAAAGGGUAAGUCACCAUCGAGGUACUACACUGCAGAUGGGGAUGUCAUACAGCCCCAUGUCAAAAAAUCAGUCAUGAUAAAGUAGCAUCCCAAGCAGAAAAACACAUUCAACUAAGGAUAACUGACAGCGACAGGUUUUCCCAGUGACGCCGUGUGGGGAUUAUAAAAGAUGAAACACUCUUCAUGCACUAAACAAUCAUCAAACUUACUUAUUUGUCCAUACGAUGCACACAAAGCAGUCAACAACGAGAUGCUCUGUCUCCUGCUCCGUUUCCCUUGAGCCGUGAGGCGUUCAGGUGCACUAGUAAGGCGCUAAUAGUUUUUAUUUGACAAUUGGUGUACAUAGGGACGCCAGCAGUAAUUCCGGGUCCCGUACACAGCUCAGGUCACUACAUCGCCACGACGAAACUCACCCUUACAAGCUACUUUUAUACUAUUUGACUCAAACCUGAAUUUAGUUCGAUGCAUUUCUUGGAGUGAAAUGAAUACUUUGGGAAACAAAUGAAUGUACUGUAUAUGUGCAACAACCUGGGAUAGACACAGGUGCUUUACCCUGGUUGGUCAGUGUGUGUACCAUUAUGAAAUAAUAUAAAUACCAUUGUGAAAAUGUUCAUAUUUCGCAAAGGAAUGAGGUUUGUCCAAGCCAGGGGUGGGCAAACUUUUUGACUCUCGGGCCACAUUUGGCGGAGGGCCGUGUGUGUGUGUGUGUAUAGGUGGCAUCCAACAGAACGACACAUUUGCUCACGGUGCAACAAAACGAAAACAACUCAUCCACAGCAAGUUAACUCAUCACAUAAAUCAUCAACUAAGCGCUAAACAUAACACAUAACCAACAACAAUGAUGAACGAUGAACAAUAAAAGAUUGAAUGUCAAGAGUAUGUUAACUCCUCCUUGCUUACUUCUCUGACAAUCUAAACAUAUUUUGCUAUCUAGCAAAAAUGUGAAAAACAUGGCAAUAUGUUGGGAGAAAGUGUACCACAAGCUACCCAGCAUGCCUUGCGGCGGGAAUAUAGAGUAGGCGCUUUUUAGGCAUGGGUCUUGCAUGUAGAUAUUUGUAUGCCGUAAUGGUGCAGUAGGUACAGUAGGUUACUUUGUGGGUCGUGUGUUGUUUGGAUGGCUCUCUUCUACAAGCUCCAGAUUGCAUGUGACUAAAUCUUUGCAACAAUAGCACUGCUGGUCAAGUUGCAAGCUACAUUUUCCAUGGUAAAGAUUUAAAAAGAAAAAAGAGGAAUGUGGAAAUGCCCAGCGAGUGCUGCAUUUUGCCCAUCCCUGAUCUAAGCGCUUUUCGUUCAUUUCACUGACAUUUUACAGACUUUGAAAAACAAUUCUCACAGUAAUAAAGGACAAAAUGACUUCCCUUUUGGACUCAAAACAGGACAUGUACUUCUGUUUCUAAAUACGGGACGAUUCCAAUUUUUAACGCAGCCCUGGUGGUACUGUCCAGUCUCCUUAUUUUGGCUUUCUUCCUGCUCCCUUCUCGCUCUCCUUUUUGAAAACCGGAUUUUAGUUUAGUCCGAGGCAUAGGCAACAUUGCAUUGCUCUGGCUGCAACGAAGCACCGUCACCGGUCUGCGCUAAGGCAGGACCAAACCAUUUCAUGCAGAUAUACUUGUUGGAUUACUUACUGGUCAGUGUAGAUUUAACUUUCACUGCCAAAAAGAAGUCAAAACAAGGAUUGUUUUUGAUCAUUUUAUGACAGUGGUGUCCAAAGUGCAGCCGGGGGGCCAUUUGUGGCCUGUGGCUAUUGUUUUUAUUGGCCCAUGGCACAUUCAGAAACUAUAAUUUAACUAUAAAACCCCACAGCAACAACAAAAAUGGAAAAAUACAAGAGCAAAGUCAAAAUAUGAAGUAAAAAGUCAUCAUCUAACGUGAGGUUGGAAUUUUAGGAGAAUGUCCUAUGAAAAUGACAUAAUUUUAGUAGUUGAAACAUUAAAAGGAAAAGAUUUUUGUUUUUUUUAAGUUGUAAUAUGAGAAAGUAUUUUUUUGAAAAUCAGGUUGCGUAAAAAGUUAGAAUGUAUAAUGAGUAUAAAGUAAAAAAUAUGAUGGAAAUAAAGUCAGAAUUCCGAUUAGAAAACUUACAAGAAGAAAGUUGAAAUAGCUGUGAAAUAUAAAACAAAACAAAACAGCAGAAUAAAGUCCAAAUAAUAGAAAAAGUCGUAUUGUAUUGAGAAAAAUGAAUAAAGCUGUAAAAUAAGUGGAAAAAGGUCAUUUUAGUAGCGUAGAGUUGAAAUAUUAAAAAAAAAUGUUUUUUUUAAGUAAUAUGAGAAACAAAACAAAAUGUAACUUUUGGAAAAUAAGAUUGGGAAGAAAUGAUAAUGUGGGAGUAAAGUCAAAAUAUAAAUAGAAAAUUUAUGAAGAAGGUUGAAAUAUUUGGGGGAAAAAGUAGGACGGCUCAUUAGGACCACAUUGGAAAACCCCCCCGUCAGAUUUCGAGAAUAAAGUCCUAAAUUUAUUAUUUAUUUUACUUGAUUCUCGCAAUUUACUCUUGUACAUUUACGACUUGUCUCGUAAAUCAUCUCAACUUUUUUCAUGUAAAUUUCUGACAUUCUCGUAAAUUUACGAUUUUCUCAUAUUCCAACUUUUUGAUU